GUGGUAUUGAGUUAUCGGCUUAUCUAAAUGUUGUUUGAUUUAUCGGCUUAUGUCUCUGGGUGUAUAAAACGCACUUGCAUGCAUCCCCAUUCACCACACCAAGUCUCUUUUAAAGUCAUAAAAAAAACAACGAGAUAUAAUAAUGGCGGCCGCAACUAUGUCUUGGGACGACGGGAAGCACAUGAAGGUGAAGAGAGUGCAUCUUACAUAUGAAGAUGUCAUCAAAUCCAUAGAGGCUGAGUAUGACGGAGACCAAAAUCCAAAGCGUCACGGCAAUCCUGGCAAGAAAUCUGACGGUGUGAGCUUAAGCCCGGAUGAGUACAUAACCGAUAUUACUGGCUACUACAAAACUACGGGAGCUGAAGAUGCUAUAUCAGCAUUGGCUUUUAAGACCAACAAAACCGAAUAUGGUCCUUACGGAAACAAAACCAGGAACCAAUUCUCCAUUCAUGCACCCAAAGAUAAACAGAUCGCUGGUUUUCAAGGAAUUAGCAGCAACGUUCUCAACUCCAUCGACGUCCACUUCGCUCCUUUACCAUCCUCUUCCUCAACCCCAUCGUCAGCUUUGAGUCAAGCCAACAAAGUGGAUGCUCAAGGUGGGAAAGGAGGAACAUCAUGGGACGAUGGUGCUCAUGAUCAUGUAAGAAGAGUUUACGUUGGACAAGGUGAUUCUGGUGUCACUUAUGUCAAGUUCGAGUAUGAGAAGAGCGGUAACAAGGAAACACGAGAACACGGAAAGAAGACUUUGCUCGGAGCAGAAGUGUUUGAGGUUGAUCCAGACGACUACAUCACAUCAGUCGAGGUGCAAUCCGACAGGAUCUUUGGGCAAGACACGGAAGUUGUCACUUGCUUGGUCUUCAAAACAUCCAAAGGAAAAACCUCACCACCUUUUGGACUCGAGGGUUCACAGAAAUAUCAACUCAAGGACAAGAAUGGUGGCAAACUUGUUGGAUUCCAUGGACGAGUAGGCCAACUUCUUCAUGCUCUUGGAGCUUAUUUUGCACCUUCGUCGAGCACUUCUUCGUCUUCUGGUGGGGCCACUCAGCCAGCUGGUUCAGCUUCAGGUGCCAAGAAACUAGAGGCAAAAGGUGGUAACGCCGGAAAUACAUGGGACGAUGGUCCUCAUGAUAGUGUCAAGAAAGUGUACGUAGGUCAAGGCGAUUCUGGUGUAUCAUACGUCAAGUUCGUGUACGAGAAGGACUCUAAGGAGGUCACUGGAAAUGAUCAUGGAAAAAGAACACUACUUGCACCUGAAGAGUUCGUGCUUGAAUAUCCAAACGAGUAUAUCAAAUCGGUGGAGAUUAACUAUGACAACAUAUUUGGAAGUGAAGCUGAGAUUAUAACGAUGCUUAGGUUCACGACAAACAAGCGAACCUCUCCACCUUUUGGACUUGAAGGAUCUAAAAGCGUCCUACUCAAACAGGAUAGCCACAAGAUCGUUGGGUUCCAUGGCAAAGCGGGUACGGACAUAAUUCACCAAGUUGGAGUCCAUAUCAAGCCCAUUUAAAAAUGAUUUUAAGAGUGUUCCUUCGUUAAAUGAGCUAUAAAAAAAGCUGUGCUUUAUAAAAAAAAAACCUAUGCUUUAGAAAUUUACAUUGUACGUGUGUAAAUGGUAAGUGGAAGUUUGAAUAAGGUCUUUCACGUACUUCGACUAGUUGGGUUUGUUUGUUUUGUGUUUCAAUGUCUCCUUAUGUUGUAAUCAGUGGGUUUGUAUAUA